UUAUUUCUAAAAAAAUAGAAAUGAAUUCUUUCGGUAUUACAUACGAUUUAUUGGACGAAAUAAUGAAAUCUUUCACCUAUAUAGACAAUCGCAGUUGCACAUGCAUGGAAAUAAUAAGUUAUAUUUUCUGGCAGAUUAGUCAACACAUUUAUCAAAUCAAGGAUACUCAACCAGAAAUGUUUAUAAAGUUCACAAUGGAAUAUAGUGCAGGUUUGAUUCAAACUGCACAAAGCUUGCACGCGAUUAAAUUUCUCAUGAAUAUAAACAAGGAUAUGAAUGAAAAGGAAAAAGAUCAAUUUGAAAAUACAUCUUUCAAAGAACAAUGGUUAAUUUUAAUAGGGGAUGCUUACAUGGCGUAUGGAAAUUAUUCCGAAGCGAAGAAAUAUUAUACCGAGGCUGUGAUAUUGAAGACGGAGAUCCCGCAAAAUAUGAGAACGCUUUGUUAUAAUAUUUUAAUCGAGAAAUUACGAUACACGAUAAAAGGUAUUUGUAAGAUUUUCUUUCAAAAUGAAGAAACAAACUCACAAAAUGACGAGAAGGUAGCAUUAGCUGUCGCUUUGCAACGAUUCUCUAUGAUUUCAAUGAUACAGAAUGAAAAGAAAUUGGCGAAUCUCGCCAUUUUGCAAAGUAUUCGUAUGAUAUUUAAAAAUUCAAGCACUUUCUUAGAAAAAGGAAAUGUCUAUUUAUGCGCUAUAAACAUUUUUCGCCAACUCAACGAUAUUAAGAUGAUAGAAGACGUAGAAAAAAUGAUUUUAAUGGCUAUUAGAAAUAAAACUGCAAUAGGUGGUUGGACGAAACCCGACGAAAUUGUUAUUCUAGUGAAAAUCUAUAAAACGAUAUAUGAUCAUAGGUAAUUUAAUUGAUUAUAUUGGAAUAUUUGAAUUUUUCGUGGAGGAAAAAAGCUGGCAAGUUAUUUAUUUGUCGAUGAAAGAAUAUUGCAGGCUAAAUUCGAUGAAGGUAUAGAAGUUGGAACAAUAAUCUGUAAGAUAUGUAAUUAUAUAAACUUGAAUAAAAUAAAGUUCAGCGUUCUACCGUCAUUGAUAAAAAUUAUGGUAAAAAGAAAAAAGAAAAAGAAAAAAAAAAAAAAAAAAAAAAAAAAAAAAAAAAAAAAAAAAAAAAAAAGAAAAAGAUUCAUCACAUAGCUCAUCCACAACGUGAAU